AUGGCAGAUUUGAAUUCAAAAAUUUCUCUCAAACUUCUGAUCGAUGCUCAUAGCGACAAAGUACUUUUCGGUGAGGCUGGUAAAGACUUCGUAGAUUUCUUGUUCAGCCUUCUUACUCUCCCACUAGGCUCUGUCAUUAAGCUUCUAUCUCCUUCAACUAUGAUUGGAUCUAUUGGAAAACUUUAUCAAAGCGUAGAAAAUCUUAACGAGAUUUAUCUUGUAGCAAACAGAGAAAAAUCCUCUUUACUUCGACCCAAACUGUCCUCUUGUUAUGUUACCAAUCAUUUUCUUCUUGACACAGAAACCACUGUAGAGCUCAAAUACUAUAUUUGUAAUGAUUGCAAUGAAACAGUCACUACUGUAAAAAAUACCUUGUGCCCAAACUGCAAUGUGGUGAUAGACACCGAAGCCGCCUUUGUGGUGCCAUCUUGUUCUACUUCUCGUGCUACAACCAGAGCUCAAAAUGGAGGGGAGAAUGCUGGAGGCUUUGUAAAGGGAGUGAUCACCUACAUGAUUACAGAUGAUUUGGAAGUGACCCCAAUGUCUGCAAUCUCCAGCUUCACUCUUAUCAAUCGCUUCAGCAUGAAAAAGGACGUCCAACUAAUGGAAAAAGUGGUCACCGUUGGCAUGGAAGAGGGAAUUGCUUUGCUUAAGGCUUCGCUGGACUCUUCAACUCCAUUGACUGAUGUUUUCUGUUCCCCUAAGAAGAGGGCAAAAGCUCCAUCUUCCUCUGCUGUGGAUGAUGACCUAUUCUCCUAA